AUGUUGGCAGGAAGCGAGACACUUGAGUUUUGGCUGGUGCUCCCAUUGCAAAUACUUCUGCAGGUCAACCCCACUGGGGCCCAUCAGCUCAGAUCUAGCAGCCAGGCCUCUGUUCUAAAAUGGAUUACAGUUGGCAAACAGAAAGCUCUGUCGUUCCCAAACUCCACAGGCUCAUUUUGGACAGGGAGCAGAAUCAAUGGGAUCCUAGACUGCAUCCAGUCGAAUGAGAAUCAUGAGCUGCUGAGGGUCGGACGUCCAGUCCUUGUGGCGGGACUCCAUAGCUUUGGAGCUGGAAGCAAAGGACACUACCGAUACCACUGGCAGAGUCACAAUGUCAAGCACAGUGGUGUGGAUGACAUGGUGCUCCUGUCCAAAAUCACUGAGGACUCCAUCGUUGAGAAUCUGAAGAAAAGAUACAUGGAUGACUAUAUUUUUACAUAUAUUGGAUCUGUAUUAAUUUCCGUCAACCCUUUCAAACAGAUGCCAUACUUUGGGGAAAAGGAAAUCGAAAUGUACCAAGGAGCUGCACAGUAUGAAAAUCCACCCCAUAUCUAUGCGCUUGCUGACAACAUGUAUAGAAAUAUGAUUAUUGACAGAGAAAACCAAUGUGUCAUCAUCAGUGGUGAAAGUGGUGCUGGAAAGACUGUAGCUGCCAAGUACAUCAUGAGUUACAUAUCCAGAAUUUCUGGAGGUGGACCUAAAGUCCAGCAUGUGAAGGACAUCAUCCUACAAUCCAACCCACUAUUGGAGGCCUUUGGAAAUGCCAAGACUGUACGGAACAACAACUCAAGCAGAUUUGGGAAAUACUUUGAAAUCCAGUUUAGUCCAGGUGGAGAACCAGAUGGUGGAAAGAUCUCCAACUUCCUUCUGGAAAAAUCUAGGGUGGUGAUGAGGAAUCCUGGAGAACGGAGUUUUCACAUAUUUUAUCAGCUCAUUGAAGGUGCUUCUGCAGAGCAAAAACACAGCCUCGGCAUCACAAGUAUGGACUACUAUUACUACCUGAGCCUUUCAGGAUCCUAUAAAGUUGAUGACAUCGAUGAUAGGCGUGAAUUUCAAGAAACAUUGCAUGCAAUGAACGUGAUUGGGAUCUUUGCAGAAGAGCAGGCCCUGGUGCUACAGAUUGUAGCUGGAGUACUCCACUUGGGGAACAUCAGCUUUAAAGAAGUUGGCAAUUAUGCUGCUGUGGAGAGUGAAGAGUUUUUGGCCUUUCCUGCUUUUCUCCUGGGGAUAAACCAAGACCGACUAAAAGAAAAACUGACCAGCCGGCAAAUGGAUAGUAAAUGGGGAGGCAAGUCAGAGUCUAUUCAUGUGACUUUGAAUGUAGAGCAAGCCUGCUACACCAGGGAUGCCCUUGCCAAGGCUUUGCAUGCUCGAGUCUUUGAUUACUUAGUAGAUUCCAUCAAUAAAGCAAUGGAGAAAGACCAUGAAGAAUACAACAUUGGUGUCCUAGAUAUUUAUGGCUUUGAAAUAUUUCAGAAAAAUGGCUUUGAACAAUUUUGCAUCAAUUUUGUUAAUGAAAAACUACAGCAGAUUUUUAUUGAAUUGACACUAAAAGCAGAACAGGAGGAGUAUGUACAAGAAGGAAUUAGAUGGACUCCAAUUGAAUACUUUAACAACAAAAUCGUGUGUGAUCUCAUAGAGAACAAAGUGAACCCUCCUGGGAUCAUGAGCAUCCUGGAUGACGUCUGUGCCACCAUGCAUGCGGUGGGUGAGGGUGCCGAUCAGACACUGCUUCAAAAACUUCAGAUGCAGAUUGGAACCCACGAGCACUUCAACAGCUGGAACCAAGGAUUUAUCAUUCAUCAUUACGCAGGAAAGGUGUCCUAUGACAUGGAUGGCUUUUGUGAGAGGAAUCGUGAUGUUCUCUUCAUGGAUCUGAUUGAACUUAUGCAGAGCAGUGAGCUGCCUUUUAUAAAGGCUUUAUUUCCGGAAAAUCUACAAGCAGACAAGAAAGGACGCCCGACCACUGCUGGCAGCAAGAUUAAGAAACAAGCCAAUGACCUUGUCAGCACCCUGAUGAAAUGUACACCCCAUUACAUUCGCUGCAUAAAGCCAAAUGAGACCAAAAAAUCCCGCGACUGGGAAGAGAGCAGGGUGAAACAUCAAGUGGAAUACCUGGGUUUGAAGGAAAAUAUUCGGGUCAGAAGAGCCGGUUAUGCUUAUCGACGAAUCUUUCAGAAAUUCUUACAGAGAUAUGCCAUUCUGACCAAAGCAACUUGGCCAUCAUGGAAAGGAGAUGAGAAACAAGGUGUCCUCCACCUGCUUCAGUCAGUCAACAUGGAUGUUGAUCAGUUCCAGCUUGGGAGAAGUAAAGUCUUCAUCAAAGCCCCUGAAUCUUUAUUUCUUCUGGAAGAAAUGAGAGAGAGAAAAUAUGAUGGAUAUGCUCGGGUGAUACAGAAAACUUGGAGGAAAUUUGUGGCCCGAAAGAAAUAUGUCCAAAUGAGAGAAGAAGCCUCUGACCUGCUCCUGAACAAGAAAGAGAGAAGGAGAAAUAGCAUUAAUAGGAAUUUCAUUGGCGAUUACAUUGGGAUGGAUGAGCAUCCAGAACUCCGGCAGUUUGUGGGCAAGCGAGAGAAGAUUGACUUUGCAGAUACAGUCAUCAAGUAUGACAGAAGAUUCAAGGGCAUAAAGAGAGACUUGGUUCUUACCCCAAAGUGUUUGUAUUUGAUCGGGAGAGAAAAGGUGAAGCAGGGGCCCGACAAGGGCAUGAUGAAGGAGGUGUUGAAGAGGAGAAUUGAAAUGGAGAGAAUUCUGUCUGUGUCUCUCAGCACACUGCAAGAUGAUAUAUUUAUUCUCCACGAACAAGAAUAUGACAGUUUGCUUGAAUCCGUCUUCAAAACAGAAUUCCUGAGUCUCCUAGCAAAGCGUUACGAAGAGAAAACCCAGAAGCAACUACCUCUGAAAUUCAGUAAUACGCUUGAACUGAAGUUGAAAAAGGAGACCUGGGGCCCAUGGAGUGCCGGGGGCUCCCGCCAAGUGCAGUUCCACCAAGGCUUUGGAGACCUUGCCAUUCUCAAGCCCAGUAACAAAGUGCUGCAGGUCAGCAUCGGACCAGGGCUACCCAAGAAUUCCCGCCCCACCAGAAGGAGUGUUUCUCAAAAUAGAGGUUAUUCCAAUAGAGCUCAGAAUUCAAGCUACCCCAUGAGAGCUGCUCCCCCACCUCCAGGAUAUCAUCAAAAUGGAGUCAUCAAAACUUCCCACUUUGCCCCUCAUUCCCAGGGACUUGGAAACACCAGGUCCAAUCAGAAAAGCCUUUACACAUCUAUGGUGCGUCCACCCUUACCUCGCCAACACUCAACUGGUUCUGACCGAGUGUCCCAGCAACCUGAAAGUUUGGACUUCUUAAAGGUCCCAGAUCAAGGAGCUGCCGGGGUCCGGAGGCAGACAACGAGUCGGCCUCCCCCAGCUGGUGGCAGACCCAAGCCCCAACCCAAACCUAAGCCUCAGGUCCCACAGUGCAAGGCUCUGUAUGCUUACGAUGCUCAGGACACAGAUGAACUCAGCUUUAAUGCCAAUGACAUCAUUGACAUUAUCAAAGAAGAUCCCUCAGGCUGGUGGACAGGCCGAUUGAGAGGCAAGCAAGGACUGUUCCCCAACAACUACGUGACCAAGAUCUGAACAAAGAGGGAUGCUGGACCAUGUUUAGGGAGGAGUCCUAGAAACAGAUGGAGCCCAGAACCUUUUCGGGGACUCUCCUUCUAAGCGACAGCGAGCAAUGUCUUCUCUGUGGCCUGGCGUUCCUGAC